CAUGAAUGAUCUCAAGCACAUAUAUUCCUCGCUGGCGGAAAUUCUGAAAGGGUAUAACAUGAGAAAAAUAGAAAACAGAAGCCAUGGAAGCUGAACAUACAAAGCUUGGGAGCUCUCUCCCGGUGCCUUGUGUGCAGGAGCUGGCAAAGAAGCCACUGACAAAAGUUCCACCGCGUUAUUUGCGUCCUGAUGAAGACUCUCCAAUCAUAUCUAAUGCUGCUUCUCUACCCCAAGUUCCUGUGAUUGACAUGCAAAAGUUAUUUUCCCAAGAUUUCAUCGAUUCAGAGCUGGAUGAGCUCCAUCUCGCAUGCAAAAACUGGGGUUUCUUCCAGCUGAUAAAUCAUGGAGUGAGCAGUUCAUUAGUGGAAAAAGUGAAGGUGGAAAUUCAAGAAUUCUUCGAUCUCCCAAUGGAAGAGAAGAAUAAGUAUUGGCAAAAACCAGGAGAUAUGGAAGGAUUUGGACAGGCUUUCGUUGUGUCAGAGGAGCAGAAGCUUGACUGGGGAGACAUCUUCUACAUGAUCACCCUGCCACAUAAUCUGAGAAAGCCUUACCUAUUCCCCAAGCUCCCUCUCCCAUUCAGGGACACCUUGGAAACUUACUCAGAAGAAAUGAAAAAUCUUGUCAUGAAAAUCUUCAAUCUCAUGGGAAAAGCUCUAGGAAUGGAAGCUGAAGAAAUGGGAAAAAUAUUUGAGGAAGGGUGCCAGAAAAUGAGAAUGAACUACUAUCCUCCAUGCCCACAACCUGAGCUGGUCAUGGGCCUCAAUUCCCACACUGAUGCAACAGGCCUCACAAUCCUCCUUGGAGUCAACGAGGUAGAAGGUUUGCAAAUAAAGAAAGAUGGGAGAUGGGUUCCUGUUAAGCCACUGCCAGAUGCCUUUAUCAUCAAUAUUGGUGACAUUUUGGAGAUUGUUACCAAUGGAAUUUACAAAAGCACUGAGCAUAGAGCAACAGUGAACUCGGUGAAAGAGAGGAUCUCCAUUGCCACUUUUUAUAGCCCGAAUUUGGGUGGAGAAAUGGGUCCAGCACCGAGCCUUGUAUCCCCAGAGAGGCCUGCCUCAUUUAGAAAAAUCGGUGUUGCUGAUUUCUUCAAGGGAUUCUUUUCACGAGAAUUGGUUGGAAAAUCAUACCUGGAUGUCGUCAGGAUCCAGAAUGAAGCAGCCAAAAACGACUGAUUGGUAACACCAUUUACCAGUUUAUGUUUUAAAAUUUCAGAAGAAACAACAAAUUAUGUAAUAAGUGGAGUUUCUCAUUCCACUCUGAUGUGGUGAGUCAAAAAAAGAAAAUAAAUUAAUAAAAAGGUUAUCUUAUGCAGCAA